AUGAAGCUGCUAAGUUGGAUGCGAACUAUAAAGCAACCCGGCGUAGACCCAUCAAAGGAGUUCAAAGGUGAUUUCUGUUGUCUAAGAGCUCAGGUUUCCUCUGAAGUUCAAGACAUCCGUACAAACUCCUUCUCAUUCUCCUUCUCCGGACCAUCUCAUGACAAGAAUCAACCGGAACUUGAUGAGGAACUCCGGUUUGAUGAAGACGGGUUCAGCGGAUUUCUGGCGAUCGGGACGCUUGGUAGAGAUCCUGAAACACCGAAAUUCGCAGCUUCGGUUAAAGAAGAAGAUGUAACCGGAGCACAAAAAGAGAUGGCAAAGCUCAUUACUGAGAAACUAGAUAAGUUUCUUGAAGACUAUCCCGAGGAUACUAGCAGUAAGCGGGUAGAGAGCUCGAAUGCAGAAGGAGAUAGAGAAUCAGAUGUAUGUUCUUUACAAGGUUAUGAUCUCUUUCGAUCAACAAUUGAGUUUACGAAGAGAAGCAACAAAGUACAGAAGAACAAGGGCUUACUUACAAGCCUCUUCAAGAGAGGAAAGACAAGUGUUCAAAUCUUCCGAAGUAAAGUCCAUCCUGUUCUCUAUACAAGAGCCGAUACCAAUAUAGAUGACAGAAGACGCUGCAUCACCCGCUGCGAUCUCAGGGUUCCAAGUCUUGAUGGAUCGUUUCUCGCUUCAAGUUCCAUCUCGGAAGCAAACAAGACAAGAGAAAACUGGAUCAACACUGACGCAGAGUAUCUUGUUCUGGAACUGUGA